AUGUCAAAACGUCUUCUAUACUUCACUCCCACACAAGCGAUCUUCAUAUGUAUGCUUGGAGAGGCUCCAGAAGAAAUAGAUUUGCUCGUCCCUCUCAAAGUUCGGAAAAACUAUGCCAAAAACCUUGGCCAGAACACAGAUCUAUACUGCUAUCUUAACCGCCAUGUGCUCUCGCCCUACCCCGACAUUCCAAUUCGAAGCUGGAAACAUCAGACAUUCUUAUUCUCUUUACAACUAAGGGAAUAUCAAUCAAGAGACUUGACGUAUGAUUCGGAUGCGUUGGACGCAUUUCGGGGCAUUCUGACAACGUCACCUUACAGAAGCUUAUGGGGAAUCCCGAUGUAUCAUGAUUAUUACGAAAAGCCGUCUCCUCAAAAGGACAAAGUCCCAGAGGAUCGCUUGUUCAAGCCCUCAUUAGGUUUCCUGCACGGAUUAUUAUGGUUAACCUACCACGAAACGGCGACUGCGACCACUGGCCAGCGACGGAGAAACAUGUUUCCAUCAUGGUCCUGGGCUUCUGCACGAGGUCCCGUUUGCAUGCCUCAGCACGCAAAGCAUCUUGCCUGGGAAGAGUUGUCGAGAUCCCGGCGUGUUGACGUAUUCGCAACUUCUAAAGAAGAAUGGUCGCUGGGGUUGCGCUACGAGGCAUCUUGUGUGGCAUACUCAGCUGAGAUUAUAAUAUUCUGGGAAGGUCGAACGAUGACUCUUGACUACUGGUGCCGAACUCAUAAAGAGGUCAUACUGCCAGAAACAUCCCAUGCUCUCCAGAUCAAGAGUUAUGUUUUCCACUGGCGUUGGCCUUCUCAGUCCACCUCGCCCUUGCUGGGGAGAUCUGCGGCCGUGGGCGCUCUACGGGAGCGAAUCGAUCUAGAGGCACCUCCUUGGACUUUCAUGCAAAACGUUGAUGAUGCCGCUAUCUAUCGUGCCUCUCACUAUAUAACCUAA